AUGGACAUAACUUCUGUGCAGUCAAGAUUUGAAGACAGGAUAUAUGGAUUCCAGCAAGUGGCUGGUACUGAUUUGCUAAAGAAAAAACAAGAAAACUAUGCUGUUGAAUUAAGGAAGAAAAUCAGGUCACAAAACACUACAAAACGAAGGGCGGUGGCGAGUGGGUAUUCAUUCCUAAUUCACUAUAGUGAAAAGGAAAAUGUUUUAGUUAGUAAUCUGCCUUUCCAUCUGAUAAAAAUGAACCCAGAGCUUGCUUCCUUGAAUGUGAAGCCAGUCGAUAAGCUAAAAAUCAUCCAUGAAAUUAUGACUGAAGAUACCGAUACCAAUGUAUUAGAUCAAGGCUUAGGAGUUUUAGUAGCAGCUUUAGCUAUUGAUGAAGACAUCCCAUUUAACACCAUUGUCUCUCUUAACUUUAUCCCAAUCCUUCAAAGACUAAUGGAUUACAAAUACCCCAGCACAAUUGUGUAUAAUGCGGCAGUCUGUCUGGCCAAUUUAUGUACAGGACCACACGAAUACACAUCUGACGUUUUUCAGGCAGAAGGGCUCCAAAGCUUCCUUAAAAUAAUUUCACCAAGAAAUAUCCAAACUUCCUCUGUGGCGAUUAGAGGAAUAGCUAACCUUUGUGGAGACUGCUAUGAGUACGCAAAGGCAAUAAUUAGUUCACCAGUAAUUGCUCAGAUUUCCCAGCUGCUUGAAAGCACUAGAGAAGAUAAUUUUGACUUAUUAGGCGUCCUUUCACAACUUGUAAGAAACAUUACUCAUUACGCAGAUGAAAUUCCAAUCGAACAGAUUGAUAUCAUUCUUCAGUGGAUCGGAAAAAUGAUAUUUUUUCAGGAUCCUGUAAUGAAAGAGGACUGCUUAGAAGCAUUGAGACACAUUUCAAGAUGUGAAGAUAGUAGCAAAAUUGAACUGGUUUUAGAAAAUAUACUUUUUGUAUUGAUUUUAAGUAGUUUCUUACAACUUUUAUGGCUAUUUAUAUUAUUAAAAUAAAAAUAAAAAGGCCCAAUUGCUUAAAAAUUACUUCAGUUAAGCAUAAUUUGGGAGGAUUUUGUGUACAAAGUCUAACAUUAUCAGAAGAAAAUUUAGUGAAAAACGCAGUAAAAAUAGUCGCGAAUUUUUUAGCACUUGAUAAAAAAACAACUCAGCAGCUGUUAGAUUGUGGAGUUCUUGAUAAAUUACUGUUAUUAAUUGAGCACCCAAAUGCAGAAAUGAGAAAAACAGUUUACCUCGCUUUAGACAAUAUCGUAUGUGGGUCAAAAUCUGAAAGAAAUCAAUAUUUAAAUCACGAAAUUGCUGCCCUUUCAAUGAGAGGACUACACGAUAUUGAUGCUCAAGUUAAAUAUGAGUGCUCAUUAAUGAUAUCAAACUUUAUUAUUCUAUCAAGCCACACCUCUAUACUUAAACUUAUUGACCUUAAAAUAUUUGAUUAUUUAAAAGGCGCUUUAAAUUCAGAAUUUGAGCCUGAUUUUUUAUCUGUAGUUUUGAUUAUUUGCUCUGGUCUACUUGAAGCUGGAAAGGCUGAGCAAGAUCGAGUCCAUGAUGUAUCUAACCAAGUCACAAUUUUAUUUGAAGAGACAGGCUGCCUUGAUGAGCUUGAAAAUUUAAUAGGAAAUAUACCGAUAGGUGAUAAUUUUGUUACUGCACAACAAAUUCAUGAAGAGUUCUUUGGGCAAUUAUGUGAUAUUGUAGAGACAAAAAUUGAAGAAACGCCAACGAUAUUUGAAUUUAGCUAA